CUCUCUCUCUCUCUCUCUCUCUCUCUUUCUCUCUAUCUCUAUCUCUCCUUAGAUCUCUCUCUAUCUCUAAAGACUAAGAUGAUGAAACCACAAAGAAUUCUUGGAAUGUUGACACAAGUCAUAUAAGCAAUUAAGCUAGCCAUAGAGGUAGCUUAAAACAGCUGAUGACUUGCACUGGAAUGGCCUUCUUCUCCAACAAUUUCGUGUUACAAACCUCUCAAGAAGAUGACCAUCAUGCUCCUCCACUUCUCCCACCUUGCACCACCACUCAGGAUUUCAGUGGUGUGGCCUCAUUCUUGGGAAAAAGAUCCAUGUCUUUCUCAGGUAUGAACAACAUGGAUGCAUGUGAUCAAGAAGGUGGAAAUAUGAAUGGAGAAGAUGAGUUAUCAGAUGAUGGAUCACAGCUGCUUGCAGGAGAGAAGAAAAGGAGACUAAAUAUGGAACAAGUGAAGACACUUGAGAGGAACUUUGAGUUGGGAAAUAAGCUUGAACCUGAGAGAAAAAUGCAGCUUGCAAGAGCACUUGGACUUCAACCAAGACAGAUUGCCAUUUGGUUUCAGAACAGAAGGGCAAGAUGGAAGACCAAACAGUUGGAAAAAGACUAUGAUACCCUCAAGAGACAGUUUGAAGCUGUUAAAGCUGAGAAUGAUUCCCUCCAAUCUCAAAAUCACAAACUUCAUGCUGAGAUUGGAAUUUUGCAGAUAAUGGCACUUAAAAAUAGGGAGCCAACGGAACUAAUCAACCUCAACAUUAAAGAAACAGAAGGAUCUUGCAGCAACAGAAGUGAAAACAGCUCUGAAAUCAAACUGGACAUCUCAAGAACACCGGCCACCGAUAGCUCUCUAUCAUCACACCAUCAACAUCAUCAGCAGCAACAACCAAUCCCCAAUCUUUUUCCGGCAUCCAAUAUCGAUAGGCCUAAUACUAAUAACAUUGUGGCUCAUCAGCUCUUCCACAAUUCAUCGUCAAGGCCAACAGAUCAUCAACUUCAUUGCCAGAAGCUAGAUCAAUCGACUGGCAUUAAAGAAGAAUGCUUCAGCAACAUGUUUGUUGGUAUCGAAGAUCAAUCAGGGUUUUGGCCAUGGUUGGAACAACCACAAUUCAAUUGAUGCAUCAAUGAAAAUCAAGAAAAUGAAAAAACGGUUCUCACGAUUUGCCUUCUAGGCUUCGGUUUGAUUAUAUUAAAGAUGGAGAUCAAUCUAUUUGUUCUCUAAGCUUUAAAUUCUUGUUUUGGUACUUAAAUUAAUAGAGUAAAAGUUAGAAGAAAAAUCAAAUAUUAUCAUUUUUAAUUCAAGAUUAGGGUUUGGAUAAUCCUUGUAUUCAAAGAAAUAAAAGGGUAUUGAUUAGUAC